AAGAGCAACAGCGGCAUGAGGAGGCGAGCUGGCCUGGGGGGCAACAUGAGGUCAGUGGUGGGCUUCUUGUCCCAGAGGGGCUUGCAGGGAGACCCUCUGCUUACCCAGGAUUUUCAGAGGCGACGCCUGCGGGGCUGUAGAAACCUCUACAAGAAGGACCUCCUGGGCCACUUCGGCUGUGUCAAUGCCAUUGAAUUCUCCAACAAUGGAGGCCAGUGGCUGGUCUCAGGUGGAGAUGAUCGUAGAGUUCUUCUUUGGCAUAUGGAACGUGCAAUCACCUCCAGAGUCAAGCCAAUUCAGCUGAAAGGGGAGCAUCAUUCUAACAUCUUCUGUCUAGCUUUCAAUAGUGGCAACACCAGAGUAUUUUCUGGAGGUAAUGAUGAACAAGUUCUGCUCCAUGAUGUUGAAAGUGGUGAAACUUUAGAUGUGUUUGCUCAUGAAGAUGCGGUCUAUGGACUGUCAGUGAGUCCAGUAAAUGAUAAUGUUUUUGCAAGUUCGUCAGAUGAUGGAAGGGUUCUAAUUUGGGAUAUCAGAGAGUCUUCCAAUGGAGAUCCCUUCUGUUUGGCAAAUUAUCCAUCAGCUUUUCAUAGUGUGAUGUUCAAUCCAGUAGAGCCAAGAUUACUAGCCACUGCCAACUCUAAAGAAGGCGUAGGACUCUGGGAUAUUCGCAAGCCUCAAAGUUCUCUACUUCGGUAUGGUGGGAAUCUAUCGCUUCAGAGCGCCAUGAGUGUUCGGUUCAACAGCAAUGGGACACAGCUGCUCGCUCUGAGACGUCGGUUGCCUCCAGUCCUUUAUGACAUCCACUCCCGUCUGCCUGUCUUCCAGUUUGACAACCAGGGUUACUUUAAUUCAUGCACCAUGAAAAGCUGCUGUUUUGCAGGGGAUCGUGAUCAGUACAUCUUGUCUGGCUCUGAUGACUUCAAUUUAUACAUGUGGAGAAUUCCUCCAGAUCCAGAAGCAGGUGGGAUCGGCAGGGUGGUUAAUGGUGCCUUCAUGGUGUUGAAAGGUCAUCGGUCUAUUGUAAACCAGGUCCGAUUUAAUCCCCAUACCUACAUGAUCUGCUCUUCUGGUGUGGAAAAGAUUAUAAAGAUCUGGAGUCCCUACAGGCAGCCUGGAUGCACAGGAGAUCUGGAUGGUAAAAUUGAGGAUGAUUCACGUUGCCUGUACACUCAUGAAGAGUACAUUAGUCUUGUACUGAACAGUGGCAGUGGUUUGUCCCAUGAUUACGCUAAUCAGUCAGUCCAAGAGGAUCCACGAAUGAUGGCCUUUUUUGACUCCUUGGUCCGUCGGGAGAUUGAGGGCUGGAGUUCUGACUCAGAUAGUGACCUUAGUGAAAGUACUAUCCUACAGCUCCACGCAGGUGUAAGUGAACGCUCAGCUUUUAGUGAAUCAGAGUCCUCUACCUCCCUGCACCAGUCUCCACCUCACAUGGCAGAAGAAUCUGAUGAAGCUGCUUAUAACUUGGGAACCUUGAGAUCUGCUGAAUCUCCUCCAGCCAGAGAGGAUGUAGCUACUCGUAGGCAGCGAUUAUCUGCACUUAGACGGUAUCAAGAUAAGCGUCUCCUGGCCCUUUCUAAUGAGUCUGAUUCUGAUGAAAAUACAUGUGAGACAGAGCUGGACCCAGACCUUUUUCCAAGACCAAGGUCCCCAAGCCCUGAAGAGAAUGAGUCUAGCAGCUCCAGCAGUAGCAGUAGCAGCACAGAAGAUGAUGAGGAACUGGAUAAGCGCCGUGCCUCGACCCGGCAGCGCAAUGCAAUGAGACGCAGAUCAAAACUACAAAAGGAAGAAAGGACUAAUGUAAAUUCAGAAAGCACAAGUACCUACAUAGGCGAAGACAUUUAUGAUUACCCCCAAAUCAAAGUGGAUGAUGUUUCCCCUUCUCCAACUUCAUCACCAGAAAGAAGUACUCCUAGUACAGAAGUCCAUAAAGAAAAGGUCUCUCCUUGCUCAGAAAGUGAAUCCGUAGAUAGGAAGAUCUACAGAGCUUUCAGGUGGCUUCAUUAUUCUUACAUGUCUUAUACAGCUAGUAAAGAUGGUGAAUCCUCAAGAGUUGGAGAAACUGAGGGGAGACCAGGAACUAGCAGAAAAGUUCAAGGUGGCCAAGAUUGUUCUACUGAAAGCCACAAUAAAGAAACCUUCAAGGAACACAGCUCAACUGAAUACUCUAGAAAUGGCCCAGAGCAUGACUACAAUAAUCUGCAACAGCUGGAAGACCAGGAAAGCUGUUCCCAUGAAACUGGGAGCAGUGGGUCGGGGGAUCACACUUUUGAGUCAAAGAAGCUCAAUGGGAAAGCCAUUUGCACAGAAAGUUGCACUGAAGAGCCAUGCAAUCAAGUGGCAGGAUUUGUUGAACAGAAAAACAGCCAGAACUGCCAACCAGCUUCCAGCCUCAACCCUUUGGCUGUUUCUAAGAAUUCAUUUUCUAAUGCUGCCAACUGUAGUGAGUCUGGAAGUUACUCUAGAAACCUAAUAGAUGACAGUGAGGAUAGGAACACUGAUAAUUCCUGUGCAAACCACAAUAAUGGCCACUUACACCUUCGCUCUUCUUACCUUAAUAAUGGACAAAGUUUAGGAGAGCAGGAGGCUGUGUCCCAAGGAAGACAAUUGCAUGUAAAUGCUGAGAAUGGCAGCCUUGUGCAGACAUGCACAUCCUUACACAAGGAUUUUUUCCUGUCUGCUACAGACUCUACCAGUCACAGCAUGAGCAUGAAAGAGGAUGUUGCAGAGUUGCAUCCUGCAGACAGUGAUGGCCCACAAAUUCAUGGACGACAGAAAAGGCACAGAACAGAGUUUGAAGACACAGAUUCUGAGAACUCUUCCUCAGAAAAGAAGCUAAAAACAUGAUAAAAAGCAACUACGUGUUUCAAACACACUUUUUAAAAAGGUAUUAAAGGCACAUGCAGCCUGGGUCUGAAACGUUGCAUUUCCGAUUCUCCAUUCCAUUCUCCAGUGGGUCUAUUUUAAAAUGCCAGGGGCUAUGUUGUAUAAAAAUCCAAUCAACUCCUUUAAAAUGAGAUUGAGUGUAGUGUAUCCUUACAAGGUUCUGUUCCAGUAAAUCCUUAUUCAGACAGUUGACUUAUUUUUGUGCGAUGUGUGUGGUGUUUGUUCAGCCAGCUCCCCAACAUGGCUAUUGUAAAUUUUUAAUCAUUCUUCUGGAGAGGAUUCUUUGCAUGUUGAUACUGUGAGUUUAUAGUCUCAUUGAUAGGCAAAAUACAUCCUGCGACUGAAGUUUUUGGAGUAUGUUUUCUGUAAAAGAAAGCAUGAAGAUUGGAUGCAGACUUCUGAUCCUUUCCUCUGCGCCUCAAAGAAAUCUUUAAAAAAAGGUUUGUUAUGGUUUGAGAACAUCUUCCUAGUAUGUGGAUAUGAAUCAUACAGUUAUCUGUACUUAACCUGAAUGCUAAUACAGGAGAUGGGGCGGUUUAGGUUCUAGAGCGAACCAUUAAGGAAAUGGUUAGAAUGGCCUGAGCACUUCCUCUUAAAACUAAGCCUACCACCAAAAGAUAGCAAUCGUUGUUGCUGGUUUAGGAGGUAGACUCCACUCCAGUUGAAAGGCUGGAGACGUGCUCCUGGAGUACCGUUGAACUCCUUGCUGGCUUGUCUGCUGUCCCCCAAGCAAAAUUACAAAACAACCUGUAGCAAAGCUACAUACAUACCUUCUGUCUGCAUGAUAAUAUUGACCAUCAAGAAAAGAAGAUGGAUAGUAUAGGUUCAGAGGAAGAGAGAGAUGCAUAACGAUACACCUAACAAACUAACUGUGAGCGUGAAUUGAAUCUCAAAAUUUGAUUAUUUUCUCUGUUUAGUUCCCCCUUUCCUCUUUUUUUGAUUAUUAAAAAAAAUUGAUCUUACUUGGAACAGUUGGCCUGACUUUAGAGAACCUGGUUUUACAGUCCUGCUCUAUAGUAUAAAAAGUGCAGAUUGAUGUAUGGUUUCCAAUUAAACAAAUAUUUUUGUGUGUAUGGACUAUUUUUUAAUACGUAGUAAACUGGUCUAUAUAGGGCAGGGAGUGGGGCAGGGGUGGCUUUGCAGUACAGCUCUAAUGUUAAGUUCUUCUGGAACACCAACACCAGCGUUAAGGGUAUAGAGUUCAGGCAAUUUUCACAUAUUAUCUGCUGAUAGUGCUGGCCCAGUCAUGUUCAACACUGGCAUCUUCCUCCCUCCCCUCACAGUGAUUUGCAACAUACUGUUGGGUAGUUCUCCACCUGCCUGUGGAAAAUUGCUACAUUACAAAGUAGACCUUACUGCUGUGUCCCUUAGCCCUGGCAUAGUAGAUCAUCAUUUGGUGUCAUUAGUGUGUCUUGAUGGCUGUGGCUUAACACUUCGAAAAACUGCAUGGAUUGUGCAUAUUUCCUAUCUCUACAGAUUUUUUUUCUUUUUCUGAUUUUUGUAGCCAUUUAUGACAGUGGCACCUAUGUGCUUAAAACCAUAUUUUAAAGCACCAAAAAUAAACAUAUCAGCCAAGUUUGUGGAUAGAAGAAACUUCUGUGUGCGUUCCAGGUCACUCCCCUACAUGUUUAAUGAGGGCCAGGUUCUACUGAGCUCAAUGGAACUUACUCAGAAUAAGACUGCUGCUUCAGACAUAGUGUGAUACACAAGAAUUAUGGUGCCCGUGGGAGUAUGCUGAGAUAACAGACAGCAUUGAAAUAGAAUGGUUAGGAUGAUGGUGCAGGAAUGCUGAUGAGGACAUAGCCAGAACUUUUUCUUUGAAGUCGAGCAGUUGUUUACCAGGUUUUGCUAUGGGCCUGUUUGUGUAGGAGCUUCCUGCUCUGCUGCUUUAGAAUACUACUGGAAGAGUGGGAAGCUGUUGUUCCCCAGAUUAAGCCCUGUUGUAUAAUACGUUGCUCAACAUACUUAUAUGUCACCCGUACUGAUUGGUAAGAAAGAGGAGAGAAAUGAUUUUUUGGUUUUGAUUUAUAAAGAAGUUGCCUUGUGCUGAAUCUAUUAAUUGGUGCUAACUUUCACACAAGGUCUGUCUCCCAAGGAGGUGGGAUAAAAUGUGCUGCAUAAGGAAGCAGUGAAAAAAAAUGAAUUUCAGAACACAGAAACAAGCUAUGCCCUGAAUCAAGUCAUCUCUUGAUCUCCUUUGCCAAAAAUCAGCCAAGACCACAUUUAUUAGGGCAGCAAGGUUAAUUUGAUAGACAGGUCUGUUAGUGCAAUCCUAAACAGAGUGAUACCCUUUUAAGUCAACUGUGAGUAAAUUGGUUUAAAAGUGUUUAACUCUGGUUAGGAUUGCACUGUGUGAUUUUUACUAGUGAGGUGAAAUUUUUUUGAAGAGCACUCAUGUACAUCUUGUCCCUUCUUUGGUUGUGAUAUGUCUCUCUGGUGGGGAAUGAUAGACAAUAUUGACCUCCUAAUAAGUGGUAGCUUUUGUUGAAUAAAGUGCAAAGUUCAUUCAGUACUUUUAAAUACCCUCAGAAAGGCAUCAAUAUAUUUGGCAAGGUCAGUUAUGACAGGUAACUGAUCAACUAAAAUUUUGAACAACCCUAAUUUAUAGAUUUUGUUCAAUUACUUCUAAAUACACAUCAUCAAAGCAAUCCCAAAGCAUUGUGUAUUAUCCGUGUGGCUGAUCCAGGUUAAUUCCAGACAUGUGAAAGUACCUUUAGCAUCACUUUUUGUAUAUUGUAGAGAUUUUGGAGGGGGGGGCAAUUAAAGGGAGUAAAACCAAAAGUCACAGCAAAGUUUUCUGAAGUAACUGGUAUAGCUUAAGUUUAGAAUGAUGUAGGAUUAUGCAAACUCUCAAGUUCCACAGAAUUAAGACAAAAACAUUUGUUAGUAUCUAGUACUUUUUAAAAAAAUGCUGGCAGUUUGCUGCUGCAGUUGGGGAGUUUGUGUAAAAAAUGUUCACCAAUUCUACCACAAGCCCCUCCACCCCCCACCUCUGCAUUGUGUCCCAUCUGAGUCAGCAUUCAGUAGGCAAAGCAGGCAACAAAGGGAGCAAGUCGUAAAAAGCUCUGCCACAAGCAGAGCUUUAUUUGCAGCCCUUGAUAUACAACUCCUUAUAUUGAUUGCAACUUUACCAGUUUAUGUAGUUCAUAGAUAACCCAGCUGAGCCUCACAGUACUUGGUUGGAAAGUCAUUCUGUCCAUCAACUAGAUUUAUAGGGGAGGGAGACAAAUUGGGGAAAGUUGGUGGACCAACCCCACUCCAUAACCCCCACCCCUGGACAAUUCCCCCCAAUCACCAGUGCCACUGUCACCAUUUUGUUCAUACACCUACCCUACCCCUGAAAAGACUGACUGAUGUGCACUUCAAGUAGCUAGAGUUGGCCCUGGGGCCAGUUGCUGAUCCCUUAGAGUUAUUGCUUUGAAGCUGAGGCACAGGGCUACAUGGCCAUAGUAUACCAGGUCUUAUGUAGGCUUCCUUAUGUCUCCACUUGGCAUUCAGCAAUUUUUUUUAAUUAAAGACCUCCUGAUCAUAGAGCAAAGCCUAGGAGUAUAUGCUUUCCAUGUGCAAAGUGUUUCCUGACAUUCCUGAUUUUAUCCUUGCAAUAAUCUUGUGAGACUGAUGAUUGUUACUCAAGUUCUGUUGACAGGAACUGGCUGAAAAACUAGAAUGCUGAAGGAAUUUGGCCAGGGAAGUAAUGUUUGCAAUGAAUGCACUGAAGCAGGGGGUGGGGUGGGGUGGGGUAGGUAGUUCACAGUGAGGGAUCUCCACAUACCAAAAGCAUUUGUCACUUUAUAUAACGUAUGCAGAAAAUAAACUCAUCCAAUAGUGCAAUCCUAUGCAGAUUGAUUUUGAUUUCAGUUGGCUUAGAUUAGAGUAACACUGCAUAGGGCUGCUCUGCAAGUGUACUACAUGUGAUCUUAAAACAGGAUUUGGCCCCAAACUGGAUUCCAUUGGACAUCAAUGUUGCAGACGUGCCAUCACCUUGGUCUGAGGUUUGCUCAACAAAUGAGUCCUCCUGUGUACAGAGAUUAAGUUAAGUCUAUGAGCCUAAGAUCUGAAACUGGUGCUUCCUCUGUGUGUUCUCUUUCAGUUCCUGGAAUUCUAAAAUGUGGCCAUGCCACAUGUGUUUGUGGCAGAAGUGUGUGCUAAAUUUUCUUCUGUUGCCAGAACAGCAUCAAGUGAAGCCAAACUCUGGCCCUGAGAGCAAGGAAAUCAACUUCAGUGGGAAGUAAUCGUCUCUCUGUAUUAUGGACACAAUGAUUGGCUUUAAGAUUAGAAUUUCAGCCAAACCCUACUUUUUUAAUGGUUGGUUUCUAAAUCAUUUUGAUAGCUAAAAUCUUACAAAUUGCAUGGUCUUAAUGCAGCUAUAACCCUGAUUUUAAUGUUUGGCAACUUGCAUUUAGGCUGUGCUCUCCUCAAUAAAAAAUUAGCAAUUG